GCUGGCGCCGCAGCCAAUCAGAGUUGUUGAGGAUCUUGUGCUCUGGGAUGGGCCGUUAGGGAAGAUGGUGGGAGGCGCCCAUCCAGACCUGUUUGAAGAUGUUACAAUGUCAGCCCACACAUCAGGCACACACUUUGCCAGGUCCAUGAGGGCUACCAUCAACAUGGAGCACAUCCCCAAAUCCAGAAGGCCUCAGCCCAGAUCCCUGGACGUCUCUGGGCAAAGUGGGAGGCAGGAGUCUCUCAAAGAAUCUGGCCACCGCAGGAAGAUGCGUUACCGCAGCUACGCUGAUGAAGGUGAGCUUCUUGCCAUCUCCUCCAACUCCCCGUCAAAGAUGAGGAAGAUUCAUUCGAAGCAGGAAUGUCAAGGUCCCAUUGAGUUCACAAACCUCCAGAAAGUAAAAGUGCCCGGCAACAGCCAAGUCUGGAGACCAGUACGUGAGCCAGGAGGGUCCGCAGUCAAAUCCUUAACCGACCAAAGUGGGAGGAAACUAAAUCAAGUGACAUCUCGGAGGAAUAGGAAAGAAGUGGUGGCAGAACUUCCCAUUCAACACAAGAGGGCACCAAAUCCUCAACCACCGCAUCAGAGACUUGAGAGGCCUGUGAGCAGGAAGAUUGUCCGGAGCUGCUGCGGCCCGCUGGUGAGCGCUGUGGGCUCAAGGAAGCCCAAGACUGACGAGUGGAAGGAGGCAAUCCAAGCUGCUGCCCUCCACACCUCAAAGGACUCAUGUUUAUUUGUGUUUGACUUGUAAGUAACGACCUUAUCAGUAGAUCUACUGACAAGGUCGAGUGGGAGGUGUUAAGUCAAACUGGGUUUGUAUGUGUUUUGCUUUUAAAUUCCACUAAGAAAAUACACCGGGGAAAAAUAGAAAAAAAUGGGUGAUGUUUAAGCUGCAUCAAUCGCGAGUCAGCUGAUAAGUUGAAGCAGCUAGAGUUGGCUGAUCAGCGUCAGCUGCCCGCGUUUGAGCUGAUUUGUCCUGUGCAGCAAAGCUAAGCACAGGUGGUUUUAAUUAGGCUCUUCAGCUCAGUUUCAGGAAACCCUGCUGAGAAGCACAGGCAUAAAGUUGCUGUGCUUGGGCCAACAAUUUGGAAAGAUAUUGUGCAUACGUGACUCUGGAAACUGGAGAGGCAACCGGUUUUUUACCUAAAGGGCUGACCUACUACUGCCAUGAAUUGUUCUUCCUGCCAACAAACUCAACUAAAUGAACUUGUGGCCUGAACUUAAAUAAAAAGAAAAGAAAAGAAAAAGUCAAAAAGGAAACAACUCUUGUCUUGUCCAGUCCUUUGAGUGGAAUCCAGUGUACCUUCAAAACUCCACCAGAAGUCACUUCCUUUAUUCAAGUUGGG